CGAAUAUACAACUUCAGACUUUACAACGUCCGCGUGCAAUUUAAGAGUUACCCUUCAUUUCUAUAUAUUCAAUAUGCCUGAGCCAGUCAUCACUCCAUUGGCUGCUUUUGGGCUGUCCUUGACGAUCCUAAACUUCUUCAUUUCCACUAUAGAAAACCUACUCGGCAAAUACCGCGAGAUUAAGGACUAUCAGCAAAUGCUGGGUGAUCUUAGACGAGAUCUCUUUGUCUCCGCUAGGAGCUACGACCUGUGGCUCGAUAUUUGGGGCUCAAACGAGCAAUCGUACGAAAAGGUCUUCGGCAUUGACUGGCCCGAAAUCAAAAAGACUAAGCAAAGGAUUGAAAGUCUGGUGCGGGACACAGCGAAACUUCUCUGCCUCGACACGCCUCUACCGCCUUCUCCUAGCCAAGAGUCCAAAGUAUCUACUGCAUCAACAACCCUGCACGGCCAUGAGGCUCCCACGCCAAACCAGACAUCUCCGACUCCAGGCUCGGCAACUAACGACUGUAAAAGCAAGCUUGGACUCUUUAGCCGCAUCAGCCAGCGCCCUACUGGGAGUAAAGCCAAGACGACAGCGAACGACGGCCCCAUUGCGUUGGAAUUGGAAGCAGACAAACAGCAGGGCUGGAAGUCGUUUACGAAAUCCCUCAGCGAAGCUCUUUCAAAGCAACCGGACCACGCCAUGGUUGAUCAGGCAGCGAAAAAGAGUUCCUGGGACAAGCUUAUGGAAAAUGUAUCCAACCUGGUACCGGGGGAAGAGGAGAUGCGGCGCAUCUUGGGUAUAUUCGGCUGGAACAAGGUUCUCAAGGCCACUGUCUCAGAUUUGGAAAAGGCUCUCAAGUCACUCACCGAGCAUACCAAGAUUGCGAUUGAGAGUCAGGGUCACCGGCCGGUGCCGACGGAACGCCACAAGGUCACGGCCAUCGAAGACGCAAUUGACUUUCGUGACAUUGCCCGAACACUCGAGCCGAUCGUCCGUGGACAAAUCAUAGGAAGUACAGGGGUCUCGAAGUGGUUCCUCGAGCUCAAGUACCCGGACGGUGUGAGCGACGGGUCGGCCGCAGCGAGAAGGAUCUUCAAGGAAUGUGACUUCUCAUUCGUGGCAACUCUGGCGAUCCCCGAUGGCCCCGACAAGACGCAUGAGGUCAAAAUGACCCGUCUCAAGGGCAGGCUGGUUGACGAGGCCAACGCGCCCAAUAUGUCCUUAGAGUCAGCUAUGACUAUGUUUCAGCAGCCGUCUAAAUUGACCUUUAAGUCCGGCGACACCGUUUUCAAGUUGCAAACCACCAAGACAUCCCCAACUCUUAUCACUCAGGACUGGCGCGUUCUCUUAACGGAAUGCGGGACGAAAUCUGAUGUGCGGAAAGCCUUGGAGCUUACGAGGGCCCGAUUUGCGCUAGGACUGACCUUGUGGAUGAUCUUGCUAUGGGAAUCGGAUUGGUUCACCCACGUAUGCGCCUGCGCAUUCAAAUGCGUGCUGUUUCCCUCCUCAGGUUGCACUGGGGAACGAGAGACUCAAUAUGAGGACGAGGACCAAGUGGAGAAUCAUAUGAAUCGCCACGAGCAUAUUUAUAAUCCUACCUGGCCACAGUUGACCUGCCCUCCCACACUUCCGAUUCAUCAAAACCUAGCUAUCCCGCUGGCAAGUGAAACAAAUAUCGUCCCUUCCUGCAGAGGCCGCACGGAGUUGAAGGAUAGACUGUACCAUUUUGGCAUCCUCCUCUCUGAACUAGUCCUCGGACAGCCAAUCGACCUCACUUCAGAUGUCAACCAUAUACCCAAUACCAGAACAAAGGGCCGCCCAAGGAGGCGAUUCGAGGCAAGCGACGAAAUACUGGACGAGGUCAAGUCGCCGAAAGUCAGAGACGCAAUCUACUUCUGCUUCACGCAAGACAUGGUUCAGAUGUGGACAGACAAGGACAAAAAUUAUGCUCCGGGUCGGCUAAACCGGUUCAUCGAGGAGGUUCUCAAGCCGGUAAUAGAAUACCACGACGUGGUCAAAAAAAACUUCAAGAAGCACUACGCUGAAAUGCUAGUAACAAGCGCUAAGAUGUUUCCGGACAAGUAUGAGCAGUUUGAGACUCUGUUGAAAAUCUUUGAAUAAAUGGACGAGGAAAAAACAUGGCACAACAGUGAGGAGUACCGCAUCUGUAGGGGAACUCGGGAGGAUAAUUUUUGAAGCCUAACAGUUGUUAGAUUUUACCAACUACACCACACGCCACCAAAAUGGGAAUCCCCACUUAGAGCACUGCAUGAGUGGUUUUAUCUGACAACAGUACUGUCCAACGGAGGAGACAACUCCAAAGAAAAUGCUACUCCUUUACCUGACAUCUAUUCCUACUGCAAUGAUUGCUGCUACAUCCCUAUUGUUCGUCCCAUUUUCACUGAAAGAGGAGACCCCUGUCGGGUGGGGGGAGGUACCCCGCAGGGCGAAAUGUGCGGGGUGAGUGACUUUGGGAUCGACGUGGGUGAAGUGAAAGAGGAUUUCAGUGAAAGAGUCGACGAUGAUUGGUCC